AUCUUUCAUCAUCACCAUCGAUCUUGACUCCACCCGCCAACACCUUGAUGUCGGCUUGAAUUCUACUCGGCUCUGUCGGGGGUGGUCGACGCUGUGGCAAACCGCCGGUAUCUCGUUGGAGGGAAAAAUGCUCAGGGCCAUCGUCCUGGACCCGAGUAUGCGCCAAACCGUGCCCACCGCUGGACGAGGUCUGUACUGGGUCCCACUCGUACAUACUAUAUCGUGCCCAUGACCUCUCCACCCGGCCCAAAUUCCAACUCAUCCUGACAGCACCGCGGCACCGGUCCGUUAAUCAUAGCGACCGAUCCAGAGGAUUGGCUGCCCGGCAACCCGUCUCCAUCGCCGUCCUAGCUCAUCCGCUACCGGUACGGCAGCUCAAACUACGACAGCUCAGCCGCCAUCCAGCUGGCAGAUCCAUCGGUCGGCCUCCCGAACCGCUCGUCUGUUUUUCAACUCAUCCGACAACCGAGCUCCUCACUGCUCGAUGCCUAAGCUACCGUACCCGCUUGUCUGCGCUUCGCCUCCCUUCCCUCCAGUGAACCGGGCCAAACAGGGCUCUCAUCCGCCGUACCGUGAUAACGCACCCCCGCCACAGUUUUGCCUUUCUGUUUCCAUCCACUUCCCCUCCCCCCCUUACCCCUCGAAAGGAAAAAAGGGAAAAGGAAAAAACCGGGAAACUAUCGCAUGGAAAACAAUUUUACCUUCCGCGGUUGGACAGCUGUCGGAGUGUGUGUGCCCUCCGCCAAGAAGGGUUUGGCGCAGGAUGCAACUGAGUUUGCCAACUCAUCAGUGCAUACCGAUAACAUGCACACAUUCGCUCAGUCGCUGCACAAGAAAAAGGGUUUAUUUAUUUAUUUCAUGGAGGAGGAAAGAAAGAACGGAUGUGGGAACGAAAAGAAAGAGGAAAGGUACGGCAGUCAAUCCGUAAAAAAUAAAAAAAAUAAAAAAAAGUUCUUCCAUGCAUCUUUUCUUCUUUUCUUUUCUCUUUCGUUCUUCGUGCACGUCUUCAGGAAACCGGCUACCGGUAUUUGGUUUGACAUGCAUUGCAAUAGUAGGGCGGGGCUUUCUACUCGCUCCUCCCCUUUGUGAAAGUUGCUAGUUUUGGGAGUCUUGCUUGUUUUCAAUCUUCUCGUGGGAGGGUGGGGGAGGGAGAUGUUGGGGUUUGCUUUGUGUUCUGAUACCGUCUUUUGUGUGUUCGUUAUUGUUAACGAUGUUUCGUGGCAGUGGUUGCUGUGAUACGAGCACAGUUGCUCUAUGAUAGCGUUGCCGCCGUCAAGCCUUGCGAACUAUUCCCAUGCGGAAUACAUCCACCUUGGGCGAAAGCCUACUCGUAUAUGGCGCCUGCACAUCAGUGGGAUCACCACAUUUUCCAAUAUCCUGUUCCUUCCUCGCAACUCCUUGCAACAUCCAAGCUGGGUUGUUUCCGGCCCUCCGGUCCCCUGUGAUCCAAUGGGUGGGUACAGUAACUAUACCAAUUUUUUUCCACCUAAUAUGACGAUGGCUGCGGGUAUGAUAGCUUCAAUUAACUGCGGAUCAAUCAACGCCGAUUGACAAAGCGCAAUUGGUGAAAACACCUUCCUAACCUUCUUCAUGCUUUAAACGCUGCGCUGUUUCAUGUAUAUUUCUUCCCUUCACCAUCUCUCCCAGUGGAUCGUUGUUGUUGUUGCUUUUUGCUUUUUUUUUUCUUCUUCGCUUUUUCUUUCACUUCUUUCCCUUCCCUUCCCGCCUCCCUUCUGGACACUGAUACGACACUUGCGAGUACGGUAUACGAGUGCGGGGCAUGGCAAUCAUCUGCUACUUGCAGCUUCUCGUGGGUUCUCCACGGAGUGGGGGAGCAUGUCCGUUCGGCCUCAUCCCCUCUUUCCCACUACCUCGAGCAGAUUCUAUACGGUAGGAUCCUACCUUCCAUACAAACCGAAGGUACACGCUUUCCACCUUAUCAAGAUCCAGGACCCUCCGGUGUACGGUACUUGUUUGCGUGCGAUUGAUCCCACCCCUGCAACGCCGACAUACGGACAGGACAAUCGACAAGUACGAGUACUCAGGAGCUAAUUGAAGGUCGCAAAAGUCUCUGUGGAUGCUUCGAUAUAUCGAAGCCAUGUACCGAUUCGUCUCUCCAACCCAGCCCACUACGAUACAGGUACCUCAAGGCACAUCUCGAUAACCUCGGGAACCACCACUCCAUUCCGAACCCCUUCCGUCCUCGCGCAUAUGUCCCCUCCUCCGCCGCUCCAACCACUGGUAAACCCCCCGGCCUUCGCAGAGGAAAAAAAAAUACGUGGCAGCCCGAGAGCAGAAUGAGGCUAUCCUCCUUCCUCACUUCCCUCCACAUUACUGGUCCACAGAUGCGGUGAUUCCGCCAGUCUUGGUCCAUUUUUUUCUUUUCUUCCCCCCUUUAAAUCCUAUGAUUGCCCUCGGUGGAUCUCCGGGCUAGCACAAGUGAUAGCGUAUGCCAUGCAGGAUAUAAGGCUGGGGCUACCAUCAUCGCUGUACGGUAUCAACUCCUCUCUCAUGGGAUUAUUUUCGUUCCCUGCAUACGAACAACCAUUAUCCCCACUCCCUCUCCCACGAGAAAAUAAGAAGGAAAUGUGUGAGCGCAUCAGCAUGGGAAGACGCUAACCGGAGCGGGCACACUUUACCCAGGCUUGAACAUGAUUUGACAGUUGAAUUUGAAUACGCUCAUGUACGAGUACAGCACUGUACGAGCCUCACAUAAUACAAGCAGAAUGCCACCUUAUUCUAAUAAAAGCAUCGUAAUCUGAAUGGACAGCAAAGUUCUUUCUUUUUUUUCUUUUUUUCUUCUCCCCUCUGCUCUUCUCAUCCAUCAACUAACCCGGUGAUGGAUGGGUGGAUGGAUGGGCCUACGUCUCCGCACCAUAGAUAUAGCGUGUCGUCCACAGCACUCUGGUCCGCUCCGAUGCCCAUCGGGGGUUAAAUUCAUCCAACAUCUGAUCUGAUUCUUUUUUUUUCCUUUUUUUCCUUUAUGUACCCGUACCCUGCUUUCUUCUUCUACCAUCCGCUCGUUACCCGUCACGAACAAAUGAUAUUUUCCGUAUGGUAACAUAGGUGGUGAGAUGCUUGCUGGCUUUUUGCAAAAAAAAAGAGAAGAGGAAAGGACGGAGAUGUGCUGUAUCAUAUGCACUGUAUGCGCUCGAUCGAUUGAUGAGUGGAUGGGCCUUUCAAUGGGAAGUGUUCGAUACCGUAACGGUACUGUACUGCACUCGUACUGGAUAGUAGUAGGCACUGUACUGUCCGAUUGUACCGGUGGAUGGAUGGAUGGACGGACGCAAGAUAUCACGACGCCGACCCCUCCCUUCAACAAUCUCUAUUAGAGGCAGCGGAAACGGUAAUCAGAAUCUGGUGAAAAAAUAAGAAAAAAGGAAGAAGAGGAAGAAAAAAAUUACCGUAUAAAUAUAGUACCAGGUACCAAUGAUGCCAUACAAGCAGAACCCCGAAGCCAACCACUAGAUUAUCGGGGACAGACAGACAAAAGGCAAUCAAUGUCGACUGCGAUAGGCUGACUGGGAUGUCAACCGAUUAAUGGUACGAUGAUAAAUAACUCCCAUCAUGGCUGGAUUUCAGGAGUUCUGCGGUGGCUGAACUAUAGUCUCAAUACUCGUACCGUAGUGUGGUACCGUACCGUGCUUGUGUAAUAAUAUGAUAUAAGUUACCGGUACAGAAGAUUGGCGGCAGGGGUCCAGCAACGUUUCCAUCCUCCAAAUGGCAGACAGAAGGAGGAGAGGAUUUUUGUGAAACAACUCGGGCGUUUGGAUAGGUUCCUAUGAUUUUUUUUUUCGGGAAAAA